UUUCGUUUGUGGAUGGUUGUGUUUGCUCUGUAGCUUUCCAGAUUUGUAAGGGGUUGAAUUGGGUUAUCAUAUCAAACACUUUCUUUUGUUUAAAUUGAAACGUGUGUAGAUACGAGGAGUUGCGUGUUAUUAUCGUGUUUCAAUGGACAAUAGUAUUCUGGGUCUUCUCAAACUUCGAAUUAUAAGAGGUACUGAUCUUGCAAUUCGCGAUGCCAUUAAAGGACGUGCCAGUGACCCUUAUGUGGUCGUCAGCAUGGGCGAUCAGAAGCUGAAGACUUCAGUUAAAAAAAACAACUGCAAUCCUGAGUGGAAUCAAGAAAGGACUCUUUCUAUAAAGGACGUUACAACCCCAAUACAUCUGUCUGUUUAUGACAAAGACACAUUCUCAGGGGAUGACAAAAUGGGAGAUGCAGAUAUAGACUUAAAACCAUAUGUUCAGUGUGUACAAAUAGGGUUCACUAAGCUCACAAAUGGUACUGUAGUGAAGACCAUUCAACCAGAUGAAACUAAUUGCCUUGCUAAAGAAAGUAACUGCAUUUGGCAAAAUGAAACCAUCAUCCAAGAAAUGGUUUUGAAAUUGAGAAAUGUUGAGAGUGGGGAAUUAGCUGUGGAAAUAGAGUGGGUUGAUGUUAUUGGUUGCAAGGGCUUAUCACAUCUCGAUCUUUAA